UAACUAUUUCUUGCAGGAUCUUUUUUUUUGUUCAUUGCUUUUUAUUUCUCUUUAUCAUAUUUGUUUCGUUUUUUUGGAUACAUUGACCUAUGGAUGCAGGAUCAUUGAAUUCUUUUUCAAACUCGAAGGGGCAAUCUAGAUGCCCACUUCAGGAACAGCUUCUCCAGAGAAGGAAUUCUAAAGAAAAUAUGGACAGAUUCAUACCAAACCGUUCAGCAAUGGACUUUGACUAUGCGCAUUAUAUGCUGACCGAAGGGAGGAAGAUCAAAGAGAACCAGACGGUGUGCUCACCAGCCAGGGAGGCCUACAGGAAGCAGCUGGCUGAGACCUUGAACAUGAAUAGGACCCGAAUCUUGGCUUUCAAGAACAAGCCACCAACACCUGUUGAACUCUUCCCUUCUGAGCAUUCAACUUCUUCUGUUCACCCUGCCAAAUCCACAAUGCCCCGAAGACACAUACCCCAGAGCUCUGAGAGAACAUUGGAUGCUCCUGACCUUGUGGACGACUUCUACCUGAAUUUAUUGGAUUGGGGCAGCAGCAAUGUUCUAGCAAUAGCACUUGGAAACACUGUGUAUUUGUGGGAUGCUUCAGAUAGUUCUACCUCAGAACUUGUUACUGUUGAUGAUGAAAAUGGCCCAGUAACAAGUGUGAGUUGGGCUCCCGGUGGUCGGCAUAUCGCCAUUGGCUUGAACAAUUCUGAAGUACAACUAUGGGAUUCUGCUUCCAACCGACAGUUGCGUACUCUGAGAGGUUGUCACAGAUCAAGAGUAGGUUCGAUGGCAUGGAACAAUCACAUUCUUACAACAGGAGGAAUGGAUGGUCAGAUAGUUAACAAUGAUGUAAGGAUUAGACUCCAUGUUGUUGAAACCUACAGAGGACACGAGCAAGAGGUUUGUGGGCUAAAAUGGUCAGCUUCUGGACAACAACUAGCCAGUGGAGGCAAUGAUAAUCUUGUUCAUAUAUGGGACAGGUCCAUGGCAUCUUCAAAUUCACCAACACAAUGGCUACACAGGUUGGAGGAUCAUACUUCUGCUGUCAAAGCCCUUGCCUGGUGCCCUUUCCAGAGCAAUUUGCUGGCCUCUGGUGGUGGUGGAGGUGAUCGAACCAUAAAGUUUUGGAACACACAUACAGGUGCAUGCUUGAAUUCAGUUGAUACUGGCUCACAGGUUUGCGCUUUGCUGUGGAACAAAAAUGAGAGGGAGCUUCUGAGCUCUCACGGAUUUACUCAGAAUCAAUUAAUUCUUUGGAAGUAUCCAUCAAUGGUUAAGAUGGCAGAGCUAACUGGUCAUACAUCUAGAGUACUUUACAUGGCUCAAAGCCCAGAUGGUUGCACAGUGGCAUCAGCUGCAGGCGAUGAGACACUAAGAUUCUGGAAUGUUUUUGGGGUCCCAGAAGUGGCUAAACCUGCUCCAAAAGUGAACCCUGAGCCAUUUUCUCAGUUGAACCGUAUCCGGUGAUAAAGAAAAACUGGUAGGAAGUGGUGGAUAUCCUCUUGAGUCCCUAACUCUACUAGUUGGUCCAGUUCUAGUUCCUUCAAAAAUAGCUUAAAGUUUUCCGAAGGUGUCAGUUCAUACUGGUUGAAAAAGCAGGCGAUGGAGGGAUUUUGGUUUCUGUAAAGAUUCACUUCAUCUGGAGCAACUGUCAGCAUUUGUUGUGGGAGACAACAGUGCGUGCUUGCUUUAUUUUGUAAUCUUUUCUUCUGAUCCAUCCCAAAAUUCAUUGGGAUAUUUGGAGAUUUCUUAUAUAUAUAAAAAAAAU